AUGUUGAAGGAGAUAAUUACUCCUCUGAUAUUUCGUAUGAUUCAAAUUCAGAAGACUUACCAAUCGAGAAGAAAUCUCGGAUUAUGGAACGAAACAAAUACAAAUGCGAUAGUUGAACUAAAUUUAUCUCGUUUUCAAUCUUCUAGAAAAUUGGCUUGUGAAGAGUUAACAUUAAAUAUCGAAAGUGGAGAAACUUAUAACUUGCCAUCAGUUGAUGUUAUUGAAAAAGAACUAAAACAGGCACCUAAUUUGCAAAUAAUCAAGCAGCGUAUUUCUGAUAUUUUCCAAAUACUUGGUGAUUUCAAAAAUCGAAGAGAUCCAAAACGAAGUCGAAUGGAAUAUGUUUCCAUUCUUACAAAAGACCUAUGCAAUUAUUAUGGUUAUAAUGAAUACCUUAUGCAAAAAUUCAUGAACAUUUUUCCAAAUGGAGGAGAGUUACUUGAAUUUCUCGAAGCAAAUGAGCAACCUCGGCCAGUGACUUUAAGGUCAAAUUCACUGAAAACUCGGCGUGUUGAAUUAGCGAAAAAUCUUAUUAAUAGAGGAAUGAACGUUGAUCCAGCUGCAGCGUGGAACAAAGUUGGUUUAAUUGUUUACGACAGCCAAGUGCCCGUAGGUGCAACACCGGAAUAUCUUGCUGGGCAUUACAUUAUUCAGGGAUUAAGUUCCAUGCUUUCGGUUAUGGCUUUGGCACCACGACCGGAAGAAAUUAUUUUGGAUAUGUGCGCUGCACCAGGUGGUAAAUCAUCUCAUAUUGCCGCGUUAAUGAAAAAUACUGGAGUUGUAUAUGCCAAUGAUAUUAGCAUGCCACGUUGUCUUGCUAUAAUCGGUAACUUGCAUCGACUGGGUGUCAAUAAUUCGAUAGUUAGUAAUUUGGAUGGACGAGAAUUUGCAAAAAUUAUGCCACAGGGCUUUGAUCGCGUUUUGUUGGAUGCACCAUGCUCGGGGACGGGUGUAAUCUGGAAAGAUGGUAGUGUGAAAACACGAAGAGAUAGUCAAGAUGUCCAGCGCCGGCAUACUUUGCAGAGGCAACUAAUACUUGCUGCACUGGAUUCUGUAAACGCAAAUUCAAAAUCUGGUGGUUUUAUCGUUUACUCCACAUGUUCUGUUCUCGUUGAAGAAAAUGAAGCAGUAGUGAAUUAUGCCUUGUCAAAGCGAGAUUGUAAACUUGUACCUAUGGGAUUAAAUAUCGGUGUAGAAGGUUUUACCAAGUUUAGAGAAUAUCGUUUUCAUCCAUCGUUGAAUUUAACACGUCGGUAUUAUCCGCAUGUUCAUAAUGUCGAUGGAUUUUUUGUAGCAAAAUUAAAGAAGCUAUCAAAUGCAAAGCAGGUAAGCUUUGCUUUUAGAAUGACUAGUUAUUUGAUAAGUACACUAGUUAUUUGA